AUGGCAUCUAGAAUAAAUACCAGUUUCACUUUGAUUCCCAACCAGAAAUAUAGACGUAGUAAUCGUCGAUCCAACAGCUAUUUUUCCGAUACCCUUGGCUCAGAAUCUCAGCCCUUAUCAACGCUUGGAAAUUUUAAAGCCUUGCCAUUGGAAAUAUUCCAAAUAAUCUUAAGAUAUUUGUCAGUGAAGGAUAUCAGCAUGCUAAGCAUGGUGUCCAAAACAGUCAGCCAGCACAUUAUUAAUUAUAUCUCAACCUCAUCAGGAAGCAAAAGACUUUUACUACAGGAUUUUCAUAACCUUGAGCUGCCUAGCAAGAGACAAGACUCUGCCAUACUGGAACAUUACAGAUCUUUAGGUCUGCUAUUUAAAAGAUGUACAUUGCUGCUACCCACAAGGGAAAGACUAAAGUACAUUCACAGGAUACUGGCAGAAGUUUCCUGUUUUAAAUUCAAUGGCUGUGCAGCCCCUAUCCAAUGCUUAGGAUUACCAUGUUAUGGCAUGUUUUUGCAGACCUUAACAGCAGGUUGGGAUGAACUCGAGUGCCAUCGUGUGUAUAACUUCUUAUGUGAGCUGACUGAUCUCUCCCGUAAGAUGCAGACCGUUGUCUGCAGCAAACCAGGAAGUGCUCGAAAACUAGAGUUAAGGAUCAGACUAUUCUGUAGGAGCGUCCUGCUUGAUCACUGGAUACAUCAAAGUGAUUCUGCUUUUUGGUUGACGCGUAUAUUAAAACCAUGGCCAAUGGUGAAUCAGGCAAGAUUAUUGUAUAUCAUCUUUGGACCAAUAUCUCCUCAAGAUGGACAGGUGGUUUGGCAGAAAAUGAUAGAAGAACCUACAGAUGAAUCCAGUCUGAAAGGUUUGGCUGAUGCCAUUAAAUUACUAUAUGACACAGGCACGAAAGAAUGGACAGCAGAUGAUGUUAUCAGUCUUAUAGAUGAACUAUCAGUGGUUCCCCGUGAAUGGCUUCUAGAGAAUAAUGCACGUCUCCUAAUCCUAAGUGGGAACAACAUCUGUUUCACUUUCAUGGCUAGUAAAGCUGUGAAUGGACGGGCCAUUGAAUUGGCAAAGCUGAUAGUCUUUUUGGCUUUGGUGUGUGAGAAAGAACUAUACUGCAUGGAUUGGGCGGUUAAAAUGAUGCAAAAAGUCUGUAAAGUCUUUAGCACUCCGGUGGAAAGAAAUAACUUCCUGCAGAGUGUGGCAAAUGCAUUUGCUUGUGUUAUAAUGGAAAUGCUGCAGUCAGUUAUGUCCGGAGACCGUGAUGACGAUGACAGAAGCUUUUUGAAUCUGUUCCAUCUUGUGCAUGCUCAGGCUAACUUCCAUAAGGAGGUCUUGUAUUUGACCAUGAAUCCUCUUUCUACCUAA